CACUUUUCUUUUCUUCUCUUCAAAAACUUAUUAUGUAUCUUCAUUUAUCGGUUUGAUUGAGUGUCAUAUUUUUGCAGUUGAAGCUAAAUAACAAUGUUCCAUUUGCCAAUAUAUAGGAUGUAAACUAAAAGUACACUGACCUAUUCUAAGCUGUGGAUGUAUAAGUGUUGCAGAAAUAAUAUCAAUAAUACAAAUAAGCACAAGGUAGACAGGUCGAUUUUCACUGUAGAGGGGAAUUGUAUUGUUUUCUUAUCGCAGCUUAAAGCCUAAAGCCAUAUACACUUUCGCCCAAUUGGUUGAUUGAACUUUAACGUAUCGGCUCGGCUCGGCAGGCAAAAAACAACUGCUGGUUGUGGGUGAUAUGAUUUUGCGAUUGACUACCCAUCUCAAAGCUGCCUAGAAGAGGUAAGAUUUCAGCUCACCUCUCAGUCGCAUCCAGGCAGCAGGAUGAUUGAGUACACGGAGCAGUAUUUCCGCGGGCUCGAUCUGUGGUCGCUGUGGGUAGAUCAGGCGUUUCUCAAUGCCAGCAUCGAUGGCUUGAGAAAUUACUUCUUGUAUUCUCUGUCGGAAGAUUGUGAAAAGUGUCCUUACACCAGGCUACAUGAGAUUAAAAACGAAGAAGACAGUGGCAAUGUACUCGAACUGGAUGUAGCACGGAGGUUGAAUUUCAAAAUAUUCGAGCACAAUCUCGGAAAAUAUGCUUUCGAUAAUGAAUCUUUUGUGUGCCAAUUGAGUGCGGCAUUAGGGGAAUUUGGUGUGUAUGAUUUGCGUAUCAAAGAAGGAGGUAUCACAUCUUGUACGCUCGAAACCGCUAAGGAACCCGUCAAUAUUUAUCUGCCUUUCCUCACGAUUGCACUGAUAAUCAUUUGCCUCCUGAUAUUGGUUGUGCUUGGCAAAAAGCUACUGCAACGGUUUCACCAACCCUCCCGCGAUGCUGAGUUGGCGCCAGCCAGUCCGGAAAGCACCAAGGCAGCGGCAGGCGCAGCGAAAACUCGCCUCCGCAGCUUGGAUACCUUUCGGGGCAUCGCAAUCAUGCUGAUGAUCUUCGUCAAUAGUGGUGGCGGCCAGUACUGGUGGAUCGAACAUGCCACUUGGAACGGACUGCAUGUAGCAGACUUAGUUUUUCCGUGGUUUCUGUUCAUAAUGGGUGUAUGCAUUCCGAUUUCUCUACGUUCGCAGCUCAAUAGAAAUGUACCGAAGGCUACAAUACUGAAGAAUAUUACGAUUAGAUCAAUCAAAUUGUUCUGUAUCGGGUUAUGUCUCAAUUCAAUGAACGGACCUACGCUGUCGGAAUUGCGCAUCUUCGGAGUCCUGCAAAGAUUCGGCAUUGCCUAUUUAGUUGUAUCAGUGAUUCAUUUGUACCUGUACCAGGAGAAUGUUCAAUUUGAACAUCCUUUGGUGAGGCGUAACAUCGACAUCGCACGGCUUUGGAAGCAUUGGCUCGUCGUUGGAUCAAUAAUAUUGGUCUACUUACUGAUAAUGUUCUUAGUGCCAGCCCCAGGUUGUCCAAGUGGAUACUUUGGACCAGGUGGUAAACACUUCAUGACUGCUUACCAGAACUGUACUGGCGGUAUUACCGGUUACAUAGAUCGAUCGAUACUCGGGGAUAGUCACCUGUAUCAGCAUCCAACAGCUCGCUACAUGUACGACGCACUAUCUUUUGAUCCAGAAGGACCGUUUGGUUGUUUGCCAACAAUUUUCCAAGUAUUCCUAGGAUUACAGUGCGGAGUUCUCAUGCUUACGCAUACACAACCGCUAGCACGAGUGAAAAGACUGAUCACUUGGGCCACAAUACUGGGUCUGCUCGGUGGGAUCCUGUGCGGAUUCAGUAAAAACGACGGAUGGAUUCCGGUUAACAAAAAUCUCUGGUCGGUGUCGUACGUUCUAGUGACUGCAUCAUUGGCUUUUUUGUUACUGUUGAUCUGUUACUUGCUCGUUGAUGUCAAGGGAUUCUGGAAUGGAUCUCCCUUUCUGUAUGCCGGAAUGAAUGCUAUCAUUUUAUACGUUGGUCAUACCGUUUUUCACAAAAUGCUACCUUGGCACUGGAAUAUAGGUAGAAUGAAUACUCACUUUAUGCUAACACUGGAAGCCCUCUGGAAUGCUGCAUUGUGGAAUGUGAUUGCGUUUGUGCUUUAUAGGAAGAAAUUAUUCUAUAGUUUGUAACCAAUGUUUCGCGGAUAAUAUAUGCUACAUUGACUA